CAUCCUCGGGGUAUAUGAAAUAAACGAGGAACCUAAUGGUUUAGAAACAGUCCGAGGCAGCACUGGCUGGUGAGACCUGGAGUUUCUAUUUGGCUCCGCCACCGACUAGCCCCCUAGACCUCGGGGGCGAAGGAGUUGACGCCGUCGGGCCUCAGUUUCUGUUUUAUAGUAAGGUAUUGAUUCUCUGCUCCGCCCCAUCCCUGGCCCCCAUUCCACUCCCGGAGUGCUGAAAGAAUUAAAAUAGCUGCUUUUGCACCUUUGCCAAAAAUCAGCUGGCUGACUUUUCCGCACCAGCCAGACAGGGGUCCAUACGGCGUUGUUCUGGAUUCCCAUCGUGACUUAAAGGGAAACUUUCACAAUUUCCAGAGCCCUUGAUGUCCUGCAAAUGAAGGAGGAGGAUGUCCUCAAAUUCCUUGCAGUAGGAACCCACUUAGGUGGCACCAACCUUGACUUCCAAAUGGAACAGUACACCUACAGAAGGAAAAGUGAUGACAUCUACAUCAUAAAUCUGAAGAGAACUUGGGGGAAGCUUCUGUUGGCAGCUCAUGCCACUGUUGCCAUUGAAAACCCAGCUGAUGUCAGUAUCACAUCGUCCAGGAAUACUGGCCAGCGAGCUGGGCUGAAGUUUGCUGCUGUCACGGGAGCCACUUCUGUCGCUGGCCACUUCACCCCUGGGACCUUCACUAACCAGACCCAGGCAGCCUUCCGGGAGCCAGGACUUCCGGUGGCUACUGAUCCCAGGGCUGACCACCUGCCUCUCCCAGAGGCCUCUUAUGUUAACCUGUCUACCACUGCUCUGUGUAACGCAGACUCUCCUCUGCGAAAUGUGCACAUUGCCAUCCCACGCAACAACAAGGGAGCUCACUCAGUGGGUCUGAUGUGGUGGAUGCUUGCCCGGGAAGUUCUGCGCAUGCGUGGCACCAUCUCCCGUAAACACCCAUGGGAGGUCAUGCCUCAUCUCUGCUUCUACAGAGAUCCUGAAGAGAUUGAAAAGGACGAGCAGGCAGCAGCUGAGAAGGCUGUGACCAAGGAGGAAUUUCAGGAUGAAUGGACUGCUCCAGCUCCUGAGUUCACUGCUACUCAGCAGGAGGCGGUGGACUGGUCUGAAGGAGUGCAGGUGCCCUCUGUGCCUAUUCAGCAGUUCCCCACUGACUGGAGUGCUCAGCCUGCCACUGAACACUGGUCUGCUCAGGCCGCUGAGUGGGAAGGAACAAGCACCCAGUGGUCUUAAGCAGUUCUUCCACAGACUCUUAAAAUGGAAAUAGGUUGACGGAAAAUAAACAGUUUCUUAAAAAAAAAAAAAAAUCAGCUGGCUGUACUUGUGUGAAUCUAUUUCUAGGUUCUCUAUUCCAUUUUAUUGAUGAUUGUGUCUGUCCCUUGGCAGAUAUCACACUGUCUUGAUAUUGUGUUUACACAGUAAGUCUUAAAAUCAGGUGGUGUGAUUCCAACUUUUUGUUUUUCAAAAUUGCUUUAACUUCUCUCGCCUUGCCAUAUAAAUUUUACAAUAAACUUAUUUACAUCUACAAAACUUCUUGCUGGGAUUUUCAUAGGAAUUGCAUUAAAUUUGGAGAGAAUUGACAUCUAUACUACGUUGAAUAUUCCAAUACGUGGACACGGUAUAUCUCUCCAUUAAUUUAGAUCUUUGAUUAGCAUUUUGUAGUUUUAA